CCAUUUUUCCCAUUCCCCCAUUUUCCCUCUCUCUCUCUAAAACGCCAUUUUCAAAGAAAAUGAGAAAGUGGGUGUUCGUCGUCGUCUUCUUCCUUUGGUCUCUGUAUUUUCAGUUAACGAACUGUAAAAAUGUGACCUACGAUGGGAAAGCUCUGAUCAUCAAUGGCGAACGGAGGAUUCUAUUUUCUGGCUCUAUUCAUUAUCCCCGAAGUGCCCCUGAUAUGUGGGAAAGUUUGAUCGAGAAGGCCAAAAUGGGUGGAUUAGAUGUUGUUGAUACCUAUGUUUUCUGGAAUCUUCAUGAACCUUCUCCCGGAAUCUAUGAUUUUGAGGGGAAGAAUGAUUUGGUGAAGUUCAUAAGAUUAGUGCAAAAGGCAGGGCUUUAUGUUCAUCUUCGUAUUGGACCUUAUAUUUGUGGAGAAUGGAAUUUUGGGGGCUUUCCAGUUUGGUUGAAGUUUGUGCCUGGAAUUAGCUUCAGAACAGACAAUGAGCCCUUCAAGUUAGCAAUGGCAAAAUUCACUAAAAAAAUAGUCCAAAUGAUGAAGGAAGAACAGCUUUUCCAGUCUCAAGGUGGCCCUAUAAUUCUUUCUCAGAUUGAGAAUGAAUAUGAGACAGAAGACAAGGAAUUUGGAGCAGCUGGUUUUGCUUACAUGAAUUGGGCUGCAAAAAUGGCUGUUCAAAUGGAUACAGGGGUCCCUUGGGUUAUGUGCAAGCAAGAUGAUGCUCCUGAUCCUAUGAUUAACACAUGCAAUGGAUUCUACUGUGACUAUUUCUCACCAAAUAAGCCCUACAAACCCACUUUUUGGACUGAGGCUUGGACUGCAUGGUUUACAACUUUUGGUGGGCCAAUUCAUCAACGGCCAGUCGAAGAUUUGGCAUUUGGAGUUGCAAGAUUUAUACAAAAAGGAGGCUCCUUAGUCAAUUAUUAUAUGUUUCAUGGUGGAACUAAUUUUGGAAGAACUGCCGGGGGUCCUUUCAUUACUACUAGCUAUGAUUAUGAUGCUCCAAUUGAUGAAUAUGGUUUGAUCAGGCAACCGAAGUUCGGUCACUUAAAACGACUCCACGAUGCUGUUAAGUUAUGUGAGAAAGCUUUGCUUACUGGUGAAUCUCAUAACUAUAGCUUGGGAACUUAUCAAAAGGCUAAGGUAUUCUCUUCUAGCUCAGGAGAUUGUGCUGCUUUUCUAUCAAACUAUCAUUGGACUUCAACUGCAAGAGUAACAUUCAGUGGCAGACAUUAUACUCUUCCUCCUUGGUCCAUUAGCAUUCUUCCUGAUUGCAAGAAUGUCAUAUAUAAUACUGCCCAAGUUGAAGUUCAAACAAAUCAAAUGUCGUUUUUGCCGACAAAUGUCAAAUCGUUUUCGUGGGAGACUUAUAAUGAAGACAUAUCUUCAAUUGAAGACGAAUCGUUCAUGUCAUACGAUGGUCUUUUGGAGCAACUAAAUGUCACUAGAGACACCAGUGACUAUCUUUGGUACACAACCAGUGUUGAUGUAGAUUCAAAUGAAUCCUGUCUCCGUGGAGGGAAGCUUCCCAUCCUCACUGCAACGUCAAAAGGUGAUGCUAUGCAUGUAUUCAUCAAUGGAAAGCUAGCAGGAUCAAGCUUCGGAACUCACGACAACAGUAAAUUUACGUUCAUGGAAAGAAUCUACUUGCAAGCUGGAGUGAACAAAGUUUCUCUGCUAAGCAUGGCUGGUGGAUUGCCAAACAAUGGCCCUCAUUUUGAGGAGAGAGAAAUGGGAGUGCUUGGACCAGUGGCUAUACAUGGGUUGGACAAGGGAAAGUUGGACUUGUCUAGACAGAAAUGGUCAUAUAAGGUUGGUCUUAGAGGAGAAACCAUGAACCUGGGUUCUCCAAGCUCUGUUCAAGCAGUUGAUUGGAGGCCGGUUCCAUCUACGCAAGAAAACACGCAACCGCUUACUUGGUACAAGGCUUAUUUCGAUGCACCUGAAGGAGAUGAACCUUUGGCUUUAGACAUGAGUAGUAUGCAAAAGGGUCAAGUGUGGAUAAACGGGCAGAAUGUCGGAAGAUACUGGACUAUCAAUGCCAAUGGAAACUGCACUGAUUGCAGCUACUCGGGUACAUACCGCCCGAAGAAAUGCCAAUUUGGUUGCGGUUAUCCGACUCAACAAUGGUACCAUGUUCCUCGAUCUUGGUUGAUGCCAUCAAAAAAUUUGAUUGUGGUUUUCGAGGAGGUUGGCGGGAAUCCUUUAAAGAUUAGUCUUGUAAAGAGAUCAAUUACAAGUAUUUGUACCGAGGCAUCUGAGUAUCGCCCCGUUGUCAAGAACAAGCACACUCAUCAAAACCAUGGAGAAUUGAAUGAGCAGAAUGUGCUUAAGAUCAACCUGCAUUGUGCAGCUGGGCAGUUCAUUUCAGCUAUCAAAUUUGCAAGCUUUGGAACUCCAAGAGGAGCUUGCGGAAGUCUUGAGCAAGGGACCUGUCAUUCUUCAAAAUCACUUUCUGUGUUGCAGAAGGUAUGUGUUGGUCGACGGAGAUGCUUGGCAACUGUACCUACCAGCAUCUUUGGAGAAGAUCCAUGUCCAAAUUUAAGGAAGAAACUAUCUGCUGAAGUCGUCUGCCAACCGAUAGCUACAUAGAACCCAUAAAUUAGAUAGAUUCAUGGCUAUGAGUACAUAUCAAACAAGGUAGACACCAAUAUUGAGUAUUGAUAUUUAUUUUACUUAGUUUCUCGGAGAGGUAGGCUGAUAAACUACAGAGAUAUCAACAGAUCACAAGAUUUUCAUUUUUAUUUGGUGGUGGAAGAUACUUAAAGGUAGGUUUAGUGUUUGCUAGGAGUUUUCUUCCCCCCCUCUAGCGGUAAGCUAUAUCGUAUGGUAUAUAUGAAUAAAAACU